GGGAGCGGCGGCAACUUCCCCUCAAGUCCGCCCAGCGGCGGGGGAACGAUGCGAGCCAGCUGAGCGCGGCCCGAGAGGGGCGGGCGCGCCGAGAACGGGCAGCGUCGGCAGCAGCGGCAGCAGCCCCGCCGCCGUAUUCUGAGUAGCCCGGCAGCCGCCCGCCUCAGCCCCCCGCCCUCCCCCGGUCGGGGCGGGAGCCUCCGCGGCCGUCCCAUGUCCCGCAAGGCCAGCGAUAAUGUGGAGUAUACGCUGCGGAGCCUGAGCAACCUGAUGGGCGAGAAGCGGCGGCGGCAGGCGGACGGGUCCGCCGGCUCGGGUGCGGCGGCGGGCGAGCGGAGCCUCAUCGCCGCCGAGUCCUGUUCCAGCCUCAACAGCGCGGCGUCGGGCGGCGAUCUGGAACGGGCGGCGCGGCGCCAGUUCCAGCAGGACGAGACCCCCGGCUUCGUCUACGUGGUGUCGGUCUUCUCCGCCCUGGGGGGCUUCCUCUUCGGCUACGACACUGGCGUGGUGUCGGGGGCGCUGCUCCUCCUCAAGAGGGAGCUCAACCUGGACGCGCUCUGGCAGGAGCUGCUGGUCUCCGGCACGGUGGGCGCCGCCGCCCUGUCCGCCCUGGCCGGCGGCGUCCUGAACGGGCUGUGUGGCCGGCGGCCCUGCAUCCUGCUGGCCAGCGGCCUCUUCACGGCGGGGUCCGGCGUGCUGGCCGCCGCCCGCGACAAGGAGACGCUGCUGGCGGGACGCGUGGUGGUGGGGCUGGGCAUCGGUGUAGCAUCUAUGACUGUGCCAGUGUACAUCGCAGAAGUGGCUCCACCGCACUUACGAGGCAGAUUAGUCACCAUCAACACUCUCUUCAUCACUGGAGGGCAGUUUUUCGCAAGUGUUGUCGAUGGAAUCUUCAGCUACCUCGCGAAGGAUGGAUGGAGGUACAUGCUGGGUCUGUCGGCUGUACCAGCAGUUAUACAGUUUCUUGGAUUCCUCUUUCUUCCUGAAAGUCCCCGCUGGCUMAUUCAGAAAGGCCAAACUCAGAGAGCACGGAGAAUUCUGUCUCAAAUGCGUGGCAACCAGGCAAUUGAUGAGGAGUACGACAGUAUCAAAAACAACAUUGAAGAAGAAGAAAAGGAAGUUGGAGCAGCUGGACCUGUGAUCUGCAGAAUGCUAACAUACCCUCCAACUCGAAGAGCCUUAAUUGUGGGUUGUGGUCUGCAGAUGUUUCAACAACUGUCAGGGAUUAACACCGUCAUGUACUACAGUGCUACCAUUUUGCAGAUGUCAGGAGUGGAAGAYGACAGGCUUGCAAUCUGGCUGGCUGCACUGACAGCAUUUAUAAACUUUAUUUUCACUCUUGUGGGAGUCUGGCUGGUUGAAAGAAUGGGUCGCCGGAAACUAACACUUGGUAGCUUAACAGGUACUGCUGUAGCACUCAUUAUCCUAGCUUCGGGAUUUUUGCUAUCAGCUCAGGUCUCGCCAAGGAUCACACUUAAUCCACCAGAUCCUUCACAUCAAAACUCUACCUGCACAAAAUACAGUUAUUGCAAUGGAUGUAUGUUAGAUCCAGACUGUGGUCUCUGCUACAAAUUGAAUAAAUCAAGUGUUGUUGAGUCCUCAUGCAUUCCUGUUGAUAAAGAUUCUACCAUGAAAGCAGCUUGGGGCAGGUGUUCAAAUGAAACUGUAUUCAAAAAGGAAGAUUUGUUUUGGGCGUACAAUUUCUGCCCCACUCCGUACUCUUGGACAGCACUUCUGGGCCUUAUUUUGUAUUUGGUUUUCUUUGCACCUGGGAUGGGUCCUAUGCCCUGGACUGUCAAUUCUGAAAUUUAUCCACUUUGGGCUAGAAGUACAGGAAACGCCUGUUCUUCUGGAGUCAACUGGGUUUUCAAUGUACUCGUGUCACUGACAUUUCUGCACACAGCUGAAUAUCUGACAUACUAUGGAGCCUUCUUCCUCUAUGCAGGGUUUGCUGCCUUGGGACUGGUUUUCAUCUACGGCUGCCUUCCUGAGACUAAAGGGAAAAAACUAGAGGAAAUUGAAUCUUUGUUUGAAAACAGGCUAUGUACAUGUGGCAGUGCUGGGGCUUUUUAGCAGCAGAAGACCAUCCCUCUCUGCCAGUCUUGGUUCAUGGAYGUUCCCAAAGCGGUGCUCAGUCGCGUACAGCACUGGGCUCAUUUUCUCACACAGGUUCAGUGUCACUGGUAACAGUUUUCUGAAGGUUUGUAUCCCCUGUCCCUUCUCACAAGACACAGCAAUUGAAACGUGUUUUAUUCCUCAGUGCUACUGCCUAUGAGGGUACAAAAUAUUGGCUGCUUUACUGCCCCUCCCUGUUCUGAGCUCACAGAGAGCUUGGUUUAAGUCUUCCUUUUAGGGUUGCUUUACAACAUUCCACAGCUUAGAAACACUGAACAUAGUACCAAGCAUCAUGUGUAUUAAAAAUGAGAUCAGAUACUUCAAAUUAAUCUUACACUGUUAGGGGUUUAUUUUUAGAAUAUGUGAACAUUUAGAAUUUAUGAAGAAAAUUAGAUAAAUGUUUCUAUUUUGCAAAUAUUUUUUUAUAUUUAUGUGUAUUUUAAGUUUAAAGAGAUUUUUGCUAAAGGUAGACUUACUAACGUUGCAGAUAAAAGAAUAAAAAUACAGUGUAACAGAAUAAUUUCUUGUUACAAGAUUUUAAUUUAUGAAGUAGCAUAAAUAAUGUGUCUAAGCACAAUAUUCUUUCAUUGAAAGCUUACUGCAGAAGAUGUGAACUUGUUUCUUCACAAGGACUGCACACUUAAUUCAGGUAUUCUGUGCAUCAGGAGUGCCUGAGUAAUACUGCUGGUAAAAUUKGGCAUACUGAUUAUACACAACAAUUUGAGGUAUUUUAAUUCUGAAUUAUCUACUGACUCUACAUGUUGUGAGUUAACAAGAAGUAUAAAAGAAACAAGUCCUGAUGCAUAUUUAAUAUUUUUAAAUUUAAUUCAUGUUAGUUUUCAUAUGUUAGCUUGUUCAGCAGGCUGAAAUUCAAAAUAUGUUGUGGUAAUGAGAUAAUUUGCCACUUUUUUCUUCCCCUUGUCACUUUAUUGAUCAAAAUAAUCUUUUAACAAGAGAACCAAACUUGUUUUGAAAAUAGUUGCAGAGUCAAAGUAAGGCCCAGGAGUCACUUGGAGGGCUGGAGUUGCAUUGCUUUGGGGCACCUUGGAUUGGCCACUGUGGCAGGUGUUGUAUCCUUGGGAGGUGCAGUGAMAAUGCUGGCAGAAAUUGUGGUGCAGGAAAGGCUGGAUCACCUUUUCUCYGACACCAACUUACUUUUGCAUGGAUUGGUAAUGCAGUAUUUCACUCAUGUAGGAGUUAUGGUUGGGAGAGGAGCAGAAAGAAAUGAUGCAUCAAAAGCACUGCAAAGUCAUGUUUCAUUAGAGAUGGKUAUUGUUGCCAACAGGAGCAGUGUCUGACUUGUCUGCCCUGUGGGCUGAGGAUGGUGGGGCAAGGGACUGUGCUUGGUGCUGUGGAUAGGAGUGGUGGGGACGUGGCAAUGGAGUUGCCAAAGCCAGCACAUUUUUCCUUGGUGAAAUCUCUUUUGCCCUUCUUAGUCACUUGGGCUGAGCACUGGGGAGAAGUUUUUACCUUCAGGGGCUGCUACAGAACCUGAGCAACCAUCUUGCCUUAGGCCAUGGGAGUGUUSGGUGCAGUCCCACAGGCAUUCAGGGGGCAAGGAAAGACAGACCCUGUAUUUCUCAGCUUUUUACCCAGYUUUCAACUUCUACACAUCAAGGCUCUUCUAGCAUCCUUGUCUUGAAAUUUUACCUGCAUAAGGGGCUUUGUUGGCUGAACAUCACUACUGCAAAAGAGGCAGAAUCUUUACAGCAGAGAGUAAUCUUGGGGUAGAAAUCAAGGCAGAAGAGAYAGUUCUGCAAAGCACUUUAAAGAGUAAGAUAUGUGUGCACUUUUUUCCUGAGAGAGUCAAGCUAACCAAACCAAUUCMUCUGCAUUGGGAAGAAAAUCAAGCUUUGUGUACCAGGCCAGAAGCAGAUAAUGCCACAAUAUGUGCUUUAUGGCAAAAUGUGUUUUUAUUGCGGGUAACAUUUACAGCUUACAUGUAGCUGCUGCCUAUAAAGUGACUCAAUUGUUCUCUGGAUUUUAACAAGUCAUAUUUUUGUGCAAAAAUCCUAGUGGUUUUCUAUCAAUCUUCAUCACCUUGUGUACAGUACAGUUAARCAUAAUCCACAAGUGGUCUAGAUUGUGGCAGUGUUACAAAUGUCAGCACAGUAAAAUUCUAGGUGAACAUUGUUUAAGAAAUAUUGUUGUUUGUGAUCCUGGGGGUUAAAAUUCCUCAAAGGCAACUAUAUAUAGAUUUUAAAAGUCUGAAAAAAGGCAGUUCUUAUAUAUUUUGUGUAUGUUUUCAUAUAGAGAAGGAGUUUUUUAUGUGCCAAUAACCAUCACUGUAGUGUUUUGUAAAUGGGUGUUAAUAGUGUUGCAGAGUUCUGUAUAUGAGAAUAUACUUUAGCCACAAUGACCUGUUAGUGUGAAGCAGCGGCAUGUUUUUAAUCUUUCUCACACCUCUCAUCAGAGGUGCUCACUCACUGGCUUCAGUAGAGCUCACUCAUGCCAGGGGAAGUUUGACAAGAGUCAGGCCUCAAGAGUUCAGACUUCAUCUCAUCCCUGCUUUUCCACAUUGUCCCUAGACAGGAUUUUACAUGUCAAUUAUCUGUCACAUGUAAUUUUAAAGCUUMAACUCUGGUUCAGUUACACUCCUUGAUUUUGUUGAGCAACAUUUUGUCAAAAUUUGCUUUGACYUUUCAUCACAUUUUUAUAAAUAAGGAGCAUACUGAUGAAUUAUGAAUAUUGUCCACCUAUUUCUAAAGGAACCUUCUGUUUCCAAAGUGUUAAAAUAAAGGCAAAUUUCUCUUUCUGCCUUAAACAUUACACAAACUUUGGAGAGGACUGAAUGUAUGACCAUCAUCGUGGCUUCUGCAGGAGAAACUUCAUGGAUCCUCAGCAGGUGUGAAAUGAGAUGGUUUCAUGGUGCUGGGAUGCUGCGUUACACUGCGGGCCCUGCCUAGUGCACGCCUGCUGUUUGUUUGAUUUCAAGUGUUCCAGGAGUCCCCAUGAAACUGAGAGGAUUAUUCAUGUGCUUGAUACUCUCCAUGAGCUCCGUGUCCUGCUGGUCCGGGACAUCGCUGGGAGGUGGCACGAGACACAUCUUUGUUUUCCAUUGUGAAUCUCACUCCUCCAAAGAAUGGUUAACCGGAUCUCUGUGUGACAAAGGCCAUGUAGAAUAUUUGAGAUGUURCUGGGGACCAAAUUGAUAGUAAUAAUUCCAUGCUGAAUAGUAAUGUGCACAUGGUGCCAACAGGCACACUGUAAUCCCUGGGCACAGGCUAUGGUAUUUAGUACAAAAUUGAUUUUGGCAAAACAAUUUGCUGGGUUGUCCAAGUCAUUUCCUAACCAUGUCAAACAUGCACCAUUUCCAUUUCCAACCAGUCAAGCCUAUAAUGUAUGAAAGUGUUGUACAUUUUCUGAAACUUAAGUGAUGUAAAAUUAUUUAAUUGACUUCUGAUUGCUUUAAUGAAGUUUGGUCUUUACAUAAAAAUAAAUAUCUUCAAAGAAUUGUCAGUGCCAGAAGUGUAAAUUCACAAAAUAAAAGGUGAGAUACUUAA